UUAAAUCUUAAGGAGGCAAAAAUAUGACCGAACCAACAUCGUGGACCACGCGACCGAAAUCUCUUGAAAAAUUGACGUUGCUUGACAAGGUGUGGCGUUACAAGGGCGAGGGAAACGCUAACGUGGUUUUGUCUGUGCCCGUCGACGGAACAGUGGUGCGGGUGAUGAAAGAGGGUGAUGGCGGCAGUGAAAGUGCGGCGGCGGCAGCCGAAACACUAUCCUUACGGUUGCGCUUUUGCGACACCGUCAGACGUACAUUCUUCGGCGGCGGUGGCCGCCACGUAGACGUGCCAGUACCGAUGCGCAUGUCUGCCGAAGAGUUGCGUGAAAUCGAUCGGCUCAUCCGGCCGGAUAGGCCGGCGGGCCGGAAGCACAAAGGCCUCGGUUGGGCCGGAUGUCUGGUAGCUGUAUGCCCCGACUACACGACGCUGCCGCCGACUGACGUGCCGGGCGUCUGGUGUGUCGAGAUUAAACCCAAACAAGGAUGGGUGCACGAAGAAGACAUGGCCACCGGUCCCGGUGGGAUCCGGAUGAAGUGCCCGUUCUGCGCGCACCAGUACUUGAAGUUGUGCCGGGGCGACGUCCAGCGGCCGAGCGGUUACUGUCCGCUGGACUUGUUUUCGGGCCGCCGCGAACGGGUUCGACGGGCCAUCCGAGCACUGCUCCGGGAUCCGCAGAACAAUCUGAAAAUAUUCCUGGACGGCGACUCGCUCGUGGCGCGGGACGACGGCUUCGGAGGCGCGGCGAAGGAGGCGCUGGGCUCGGUUCAACGGUUUUGCGAGUUGGUCGAAGGCGCUCUGCUCGGCGACUACGAGGGCGACCGGGAUGUUCCGGUGGACGGAUGGGACGCUUCGGAUGACGACUCCGAGGAGGAGGACCGUAGUACCGCUUCGGGGGCAGUGCCGCCGUCAUGCGACUUCGACGCGGUCCCCAUGCCGAAGCAUUGCGUGCUGCACGAGAUCCUGACGAUGCAGCAGAUGCAAACGACCGGUUUCGUGACCGUGUGUUCCGAGUACGAUGGACGAACUCCGCAAGAUCCGCAAUUCGGUCACGUCGACCGUCUGCGGCCGAACGCCGGAGACGACACUGCCUGGAGCCCGGUGGACGGCUAUCUGGUGGCCGCCACUGCCCGGGACUGUUCAGUGUUCGUUACGUUCCGUCCCGGCAGUUCGUUGACAGCGAUACGCGUCAAGGUGUCCGAUUUGGACCCGAAACCGUUGUCAACCGUUGACAAACACCGGAAUCGCGAUGCAAACGUUUUGUUGGCCUGCCAAAGAUAUUCGGUCGGAUAGUGCAUGGUAUGUCGUGGCCCUAGUUUUGAUGCGAGGGAAGAGCGGGAAGUGGGCUUUAAAAGUGCGAUUAAGUAUUACUAUUUACUUCUUUUAUAAUUACUACUAUAUAAAAUUUCAAAAUAUAUUUUACUCGUGGAUGUA